AAGAGGACAGCGACGUGUUUUGCUGCUUUGGAGAGACUUGUCCUUGUAUUGUACAAUCCUACAACAAGAGAAAACCCAUUGAUUGAACCUGGUUGAGUCUUCACAAUGGACAUCGUCGCUGUUUCAAAACGGAAACACAACAAAGGCAAUAAGGAAAAUGCUCAGCCAAAAUGUGGAAGCAAGUCCUUCAUCAAAAGUGCUACAACAUCCGCUGCUCCCUUACAACUGAAAAGCAACAAAAAAGAGGAAAUCAUAGGAAAACACGGUCCUUUUAAAGCCAAGGCCAAACAGCCGGACACAAGGUCAAAGUCUGGUGAGGCUCUGAAACAGGUAAAGCCUGUGCAGAGAGAACGGAAAGGAACUGCUGCUACAGUUGUCAAACAACAGCAAACACAGAGCCAGGCCUUCCUCGCUGAACAAGCCCUGAAAGACAAAAAAAUAGCUACAGAAGCUCCAAAGCGACCAGCUGCUGUGCCACCAUCAAAAUCUGCGCCCGGCAUGUACAAAGGCAAGAUUGUCCAGUCAAAAAUUGGAUCCAUUUGGAAGUCAGGUGCCACCGUGCGCAGGCCAGAUCCCAAACCAUCAGCACCCAAAACGGAGAGACAAAGGGCUGGAACUGUGGUACGAGUGACAGACAAGAAGGUCAGCAAACCUCCUGUCUCAAGCACCCUCAGCCAGUACAGAUGUACCAUGGAGACUGCUGAGGAAAGAAGAGCGAAACUGGCAGAGUGGCUUGCUUCCAAGGGCAAGUCUUUGAAGAGGCCAGCCAUGACUACAGCGGUACCCUCAAAAACCAAAGUCUCUGCAAAACUUGAAGCUGGUCUUAAAUCACAGUCUCAGCCAGCUGUACAGUGCAACCCUGAACCUGAACCCAAGCUGGAAGCACACAAACCAGACUCUGCUGCUCCCUGUGCAGAUACCCAGGGAGCAGAGUUACCAGCACCCAGCCAAACUCCAGUGAUCAUGAACACCACCCUCGACCUCGAAAGCUCUGAUGCAGAUCUGCUUGUUGACCCACAGGACAGAGUGGAUGAUGUUGUUGUGAACCUGUGUGAUGCUUUGGAGGCCAUGGCAACACCCUCGAAAUGCGACAACGAACUUUCACAGGUGACAGAUGUGUGCAAUGAUGUUGAAGUGGAGGACAGUAAAGCAAAGGAUGAAUUUAAGAAAGAGGAGCUGAAGAAUGAAAUGCCUGAGGAUGUUGGUGAGCAUCCAAAGGUUGAGCAAGUGAAGGAUGAAGUAGAAGAGAGUGAUGACCAGGAGGUGGAGAUGGAAGAUAAGGAAGUAGAAAGUGAUGAUGAGAUGGAAGAUGCUUCAGUAGUUAAGUACAAUGUGAAGACCACUCCAUAUCUGCAAAGUGUCAAGAGGACAAUUGCAGAUGAUGCCAGCUCAAGUGCACACAGGAGAAAGAGCAACAUCAAAGAUCUAAAGUUUCUGACACCAGUACGUCGUUCUUGCCGCAUCCAGCGCAAAUCAACCCACCUGCCGACGAUGCUGCUCGACCAUGAUCCCUGCGUGUCGUCACUGGCUGAGCUGGUGAAGCUCGAUGACGAUCCCAACGCCUACAUCUACAGAAAAAACCCUGCACUUCUGGAAGAUCUGCCAGACCAGCCCAAACUCUGAGGGGCUCUGUAUAUGUUUGCUGUUUAAAAAAAAUACAACUUUAUAAAGUUAUGGGACUGGAGCUAAUGGACACUUUAUAUUAUUACUUUAAAGACGACUUCACUAAUCUGAAUGUGUGUAAAGAAUUUUAAUUGUCAUUUAAGCUGUUUUAUUGUUUUAAGGUGGAAACACUAUUUCUGUUCAGUUCUUUUCUGUUCUUAAAGCAUUAAAGUACGUUCUGUAAUACUAAAUGCACUACAAUAAAUAAUACUGCCUUAU